AUGGAUGCACAGAGAGUAGUGCUGAUCUUAACAUCCAUAGAUAUAAGUUGGAGUGCAAUUAAAUGGGCGGUAAUGGAUGGAUUAUCCCCAGACUCCGGGGAUGAGCUCACAGUUUUGGGAGUCCUUCGCUUGAUCAAUCCUCGUCACGAUCUUUUGCAUGGAGCUGCAAAACUUUUGCGAUUCAAGGGUAAAGGUGAUUCCAACGAGAUUUUUGCAUCAAAUAAGGAACAUAUGGAGGAAGAGAUUAGAAUGAGAAGGGAUGAGUUGCAGAAAAACGAUGGAAUAAUUCAACUGCAGAAACUGUGCGAAACAGAAAAGAAGGUAAAGAUGAAUCUAGAGGUGGAAGCUGGGCCAUCCCGGAAGGCGGCCGCUGUUAGAGGCGCCAAAAAGUUGGGAGCCACAUGGAUUAUACUUGAUAGGGAGUUGAAGAAAGACAAGCAAUACUUUAUGGACAGGCUCUCGUGUGGCAUAUCGAGUAUGAAGAGUAACAACACCGUUGUAGUAGUCAGAGGUCCAAUUCAAAAACACGUUUCAUAUGACGAAAUGAUACCAACAUACUCGUUGGAAGAACUUUCUCCUUCAGAACAGAGUAUGCCCAGAGGUCAAAUUCGAGAACAUGGAACAUGGGAGGAAGAUAUACCAUCAUACUUGAGGGAAAAACAUUCUCCUUCGCGGCAGAAAUCUCCAGCAAUUCAAAAGGCUAGCUCAUGUAAAGAACAAGCUCAUAACAGAUGUGGUAGGCCCUUUCGGGUUAAUUCCAAAGUAUUAGCCUCGACUGCUGGUAUUAUAGAGACAGGACAGUCUGAAGUGGAUAUUCAGGAGAUAGAGAACAUUAUGACAACCAAACAAGUAUCUGAAGAAAACUCUAAUCAUCGUACUUUCAAAUAUCCAAAUAUGGGCCAAAAUGAAGUUCUUAGUACAAAAUAUAGUAAACGAGAGCAAAAGAAACAGAACAAUGGGGAAGCUAAUGAAACUAAGACACAAAAAGAAGAGGAAUUUGAAACUAUUUGUUCAGUUUGUGGAAACAAGCGACCUAAGCUUGGUAUGCAAAGGGACUUCACUUGUGAAGAGCUUUAUGAAGCUACAGGAGGGUUCUCAGGUAAAAAAUUGUUAUCAGAAGGUGGAUUUGGUCUUGUGUUUGAAGGAGAGUUGGAAAAUGGACUAAAAAUAGCUGUUAAGCAACACAAAGCUGCCAGUCUUCAGGGAGAGAAAGAAUUCAAAUCUGAAGUUCGUGUACUUAGCCAAGCUAGACAUCAAAAUGUAGUCAUGCUAUUGGGCUCUUGUUCGAAAGGAAGCCAGAGGUUACUUGUUUAUGAAUAUGUCUGCAAUGGCUCACUGGAAAAACACUUGUCAGGUGACAGUGAGAUGCCUCCUCUCAACUGGGAAAAUAGAAUAAAAAUAGCACUGGGAGCUGCCAAAGGCUUAGCAUAUCUGCAUGCCCGCAACAUCGUCCACAGAGAUAUGAGACCAAGCAAUAUUCUCAUUACACAUGACCAUGAGUCACGGCUGGGAGAUUUUGGUCUUGCAAAAGCACAAGAAGAUGAUUCAGUUACCUCAGAUAGUGGCAUGGUUGGCACUCUUGGGUACAUGGCACCAGAAUAUGCAGAACAUGGGAAAAUGUCAACAAAGACAGAUGUCUAUUCAUUUGGCAUGGUUAUGUUGCAGCUUAUCACCGGACUAAGGACAACAGAUAAGAUUCCAGAAGGGAAAAGUCUUGUUGGAUGGGCAAAACCACUUCUGGAAACGAAAAACUAUCCAGACCUCAUUGAUAAAAGAAUUGCAGACUCCCAUGAUGUCCACCAACUACUCUGGAUGGUACGAGUCGCUGAAUCUUGUCUGAAAAAGGAUCCUAAUGUAAGGUGUACAAUGGAACAGGUAGUUCAUGAUUUGAGCUGCAUAGGUGGAGACAACACGAACUUUAUUCGAGACUUGUUUCCAACAGAAAUGGAUUUCGAGAAUAGCAUAAUUGACUCCCAUGAAUCAGAAGAGAAAUCAAAAUAA